AUGGCCCCGAAGAUCGAUCCUACCGCUGUGACCGUCGGUAAACUCAUUUGCAAACAAUGACGUUUUUAGUUUACUUGAGAGUAACGGGUGGCGAGGUCGCUGCAACCUCAUCUCUGGCGCCAAAACUCGGUCCCCUGGGCUUGGCUCCUAAGAAGGUGGCUGAAGAUAUCGCCAAAGAAACCCAAGACAUGAAGGGGCUGCGACUCACGGUGAAACUUACUAUUCAGAAUCGCCAAGCAACUGUGUCCUUUGUGCCUACCGCCUCAUCGCUGCUCAUUAAAGCCCUCAAAGAACCCGUCCGAGAUCGCAAGAAGGUUAAAAAUAUCAAACACAACGGCAGCAUAACUUUUGAUGAUGUCCUCGAGGUUGCGAAGACAAUGCGACCACGAAGUCUUGCUCGUGACCUAGCAGGGACCGUCAAGGAGGUGUUGGGUAGGCGUUCGUAUUUUGGCUUAACCUUCCCGUAGGCACUGCGCGUUCGGUCGGCUGCACAAUCGAUGGCGAGACCCCGCAAGCAGUGAUUGAGAAGAUCAACUCUGGCGAGAUUGUCGUUAAUAAUUGA